AAGAUGUGGCGGCCAGACACACUCACAGUGUGAGCCACUUUUGGAGGCAUUUAUCCCAUUUUCGGCGUUAUUUUGAGGCAGCCAUGGCGUGUGCAGGGCAAGGCUGUGACCCCUUGCAGAUUUAGCGCUUACCAUGAAUGCAAUAAAAAUGCAACACAAGGACCCCAGUGGAAUAAGUUGCUUUUACUUUUUUAGGUUAUCUUAGAACAUGGUUUCAUGAGUGCCGAAGAGAUGGAUGAGCAGCGGCAGAAAAAUAUUUCAUACCAGUACCUGUGUCAUCUCGAGGAAGCAAAGAAAUGGAUGGAAGCUUGCAUAAAUGAAGAGUUGCCAGAAGCUGGGGACUUGGAGGAACAAUUGCGCCAUGGUGUCUAUCUAGCCAAGAUUGCCCAUUUUUUUGCUCCAGAAACUGUGCCACUCCGCCGAAUAUAUGAUGCAGAUCUGACAAAAUAUCGGGCAGUUGGGCUAACAUUCAGGCACACAGACAAUAUUAGCCAUUUUCGCAAGGCUUUGGAAAAAAUUAAGUUGCCUAGUAUCUUCUAUCCUGAGACAACAGAUGUGUAUGAUCGCAAGAACAUGCCUCGAGUUGUAUUUUGCCUUCAUGCUCUCAGUCUCUAUCUUUUUCGUCUUGGGAUUGCUCCACAGAUACAAAACCUGUAUGGCAAAGUUGUAUUCUCAGAUGAGGUAAUGCAAGCUAUGAUGAAGGAACUCAGCAAAUAUGACUGUCAGUUGCCCCAAUUUGGCAAGAUCGGCGGCAUCCUUGCAAAUGAGCUACCGGUAGACGAGGCAACUCUGCAUGCUGCCAUAAUUGCUGUUAAUGAGGCAAUAGAAAAGGGUGAUCACUCUGAAUUGCUGGAAACGCUUAUCAAUCCUUCAUGUCAUCUGCAGAAUAUUCUGGAAGAAAACAUAGAUAGUUAUCUUCAGUGUCUCUCUGAUGCCAAGAUGCACAAGAAAGAAAUGGCUGUAAACAAGAGCCGUGAUCAUGACUACAUUCCGGAUGCAUACGAUGAGCUGCUUACCCAGGCGGAGAUCCAAGGACACAUCACUUACGUGAAUGCUUUUUGUGCUACUGAGAGAGUGGAAGAUGCAGUUCGAGAUGAGAAUGUUGAGGCCUUGAUCCAAGCACUUUGCUCACCAAUCCUCUGUCUCAAGUGCAUAAAGCAUGAACUUGGAGAAGAAUACCUCAAGGCCUUGGCUAGUGAACUAGCUAACUCACAAGACCAAGGCCAUAACCUAAGCCUCAACUACAGCCUUGAUACAUCUCUCCUGCCAACCACUCUAAGCAAAACUGUGAUACAGUCAGUCAUCUUGUCUGUUAAUAAAGAUGCUGAAUAUCAACAAAAAUUGACAAAUGGAGUUGCAGCUGUAAAUCAAGGUUUGGCUCGUGGGUCUCCAGGAGACACACUUAGGGCAUUGCGAUCAUUAGGUUCAGAUCUUCCCACAUUACUAGACUUCGCUGCACCACUCUACCAUGAAGAGAUGGCUGCAAUUCGUUUGGAUGCCCAGACUGACCUAAGCCUGGAGGAAAUACAAGGUGGUGUAAGGUUGCUGUCGGCUGUAGCUCGAGUUAAUGCUGCCCUUGAUACAAAUAAUCCUGUAGAAGUGUGGCAUUAUCUCUCAGAUUCUCAAACACAUUUACAGAGCCUAGAAGAGGGUCAUUUUCGAGAGUACUGUUCUGCAAUGGAUAACGCACGGCUAUUGAAGAUAGCAUCUGGGGAUAAUUACCCUUUUCUUACAUACAUUGAUCUCCAACAAAUUGUAGAUGAAGUUAACUUGAAGCACUCUGAAGAUAACAGUAAGAUAGGAGCAUUAACUGCAGUAAAUGCUUCUGUCAUCAAGGGUAAUGUAGCUGAGACAAUGUCAGCACUUGGACACCCAGCUCUUCAAUUGUCCUCUCUUCAUGCUAAGGAUUCUCUACAUUACUACCAACUUCUAAAGUUGCUUAGAAAUGCUAAAUGUGAAAUGCUGGGAGAUAGUGCAGCAGAACUGUGGCUCGAGGACAUUGAGGAAGUUGUUGAUGCAGUAAGAAGACAUGCAGAAGAAUCGGCCAAAAUUGCAGCUACACUGACCAAGGUUAACAAAGCUCUGGAAAGUGGAGAUAAUUCUGCUCUUGCUGAUGUCCUUGGGUCUCCCAUUUUAUCAAAUCUACAUAUUAAAAAAAAUUAUAUGUUGGGUGUUCUUACACUUUUGAGGAAAGCAUAUAGAGAAAAGGAUGUCCUCUCUCCCAAAUGUCCAUGGAUUCCGUACACCUUGAGUGAUGGCUCUGAGGUAUUCUUAAACUUAGAAUCUAGUGAAUAUCAGUGGGAGAAACCAGAGAUGAUGAUUAGGAGCCACAAGAGCCAAUACAUUACACAGGUGGACCUUGAGGAAGCUGUAUCAUGUGUCAUCCAACAAGAGGCUCGCAAUAGGGAGGUGGAUUGCAUGAUGAUAAAAUUCCAGGCCAGGGCUCGAGGUUGGCUGAUAAGGCAGCGCAUACAGAGGCAGAAAUGUGCUGCAGUUAUUAUACAGGCCUGGUGGCGUAUGGUACGAGCUCGUCGCACAUAUGACAUGUAUUGCCGUGCAUUGAAGAUGUGGGAACCGUACAUUAUUAUACUUCAGAGAGCAGUGAGAGCAUGGCUGCUCCGUAGAAGGCUAAUGAAAUUGUCCUUGCAUUUCACUAAAAAUGAGAAUCAAGUAAUUAAGAUUCAGAGGGCAUGGCGUGCUUAUAAGGCUCGCCUGGAUCUACAUUCACUGACACACCAAGACAAUCCACCCUUGUCUGUCAUCCGCAAGUUCAUUAAUUUAUUAGAUGUUUCUCCAAGUGAUUUAGACGAAGAGUUCCGACUGCAGCGAGUUAAAAGUGAUAUGGUGAAGACAAUUCGACACACUCAACACUUGGAAACAGAGGUGGAUGAGCUGGAUGUCAAGAUUGGAUUGUUGGUCCACAAUCGCAUCACCUUACAGGAUGUCCUUCCAGCAGAUAAGGAAAAUAUGAACCCCAAUGUUCCAGAAUCCAAACCAAGAAAAGGCAGAAGAAACUCGAAAGACACAUUGAAGUGUGGCACACUGCGAACUCAAAGAGGACUCAAGGCACUGAAGAAGGAAUCAAGGGAGAAGCUCCUGUGUUACCAGCAUCUGUUUUACCUCCUGCAAACUGAGCCCCAUUAUCUUGCUACUCUCAUAUUUGCCCUUCCUCCAGGCAAAACUACAAAGUUUAUAGAGAAUGUCAUCUUUACACUCUACAAUUAUGGUGCUAAUGAUCGUGAUAAUUAUUUACUUUUGAAAUUAUUCAAAACUGCCCUGGAAGAAGAGAUAAGAAGCAGGAAUGGUUCUGUGCACUCAGUCAUAACCCUCUUGAGUGGCCUGUACACGUUAAACUACUUUGUGAUGCCAGGAUCCCUCACCGUAGCAUUUGCAAGCCUGGCCCAUGGAUGCGGCUUCUGGGUAGUACGGACUAAACUCAUCAAGGUUAUAUAUGAGCUCGGCUCCCCCACAUCAACUGCAAGCGCGUUAAAACCCCACGGUUACGAUAUUCUUGUUCAUCCAGAAGUCUUGGGUGAUAGCAACAUACAGAUCAAUACCAAUCCAGUAGAGAUUUACAAGACUUGGAUCAACCAGCUAGAGAUGAAUUCAGGUCAAACCAGUGGUCUACCGUAUACAGUAAACCAGGAUGAGGCACUGCAGUACCCAGAAGUUCAGAAGAGGCUGGCUCAAGCCAUCACUACACUGAAGGAACUCACAUUGGCCUUUUGUCAGCAAAUUACUACAAAUAGGGACCUCGUACCAUAUGCCAUGCUCUUCAUGGCACGUGUUAUGAGGUGUGCACUGCAGCGUCGCUUUCCUCAUGUUCCUGAAAAAGAAAUAUUGAAGUUGCACUUAAUAAAUAACCACCAAAAACAAUUGAUUAUAGUAAAAUGUUUGGAUGAAAGAGCAGAAACUUCCUCACUUGCCCAGAGACAUGGCCAGACUGACGCGAGCGGCUGCCGGCGGGCGGUGUGUGCAUCCCAUACGGCCGAUAAACGAAAUAAUGGCUGA